UCACAUAUCAAACGUAGCAACAUCCAAAAGGGCCAUUUCCCUGGCUGACAUUAGCCCAAUAUACCACACAUUUUCUCUCCGCUCAUUAAAACUUUGCUUCGACACAAACAAUAAGCUUUGCAAAAACUAGCUGAGCUUCUUGGUCUUAUUCUUAUUAUUUUGACAAUAUGGCCUCCACCUCUUGCUUUCUUCACCACCACGCUCUCACCGCCGCGGCUAGAUCCUCCUCCUCCUCGUCGCAGCGACAAUUGGUCGGCAAUGUUAGGCCGGCUCAGUUGAUUUGCCGGGCUCAGAAGCAGGCCAUAAAUGACGAAGAUGGCAGCGCCAUGUCUCGCCGUUUGGCCCUCACUAUCCUCUUUGGUGCUGCUGCCCUUGGCUCCAAGGUUUCCCCUGCUGAUGCUGCCUAUGGAGAAUCUGCCAACAUAUUUGGAAAGCCAAAGACAAACACAGACUUCUUGCCAUACAAUGGAGAUGGAUUCAAGCUGUCCAUUCCCUCAAAGUGGAACCCAAGCAAAGAAGUGGAAUACCCAGGCCAAGUCCUUAGGUAUGAGGACAACUUUGACUCCACCACCAAUGUAGCUGUCCUUGUCACCCCAACUGACAAGAAAUCCAUCACUGACUAUGGUUCCCCUGAGGAAUUUCUGUCCAAGGUGGACUAUUUGCUGGGGAAACAAGCCUACUCUGGCAAAACUGAUUCUGAGGGUGGUUUUGACUCAGAUGCCGUGGCAACAGCAAAUAUAUUGGAAAGCUCGACCCCGGUGAUCGGUGGGAAGCAGUACUACUUCUUGUCUGUGUUGACAAGAACAGCUGAUGGAGACGAAGGUGGGAAGCACCAACUGAUCACCGCCUCCGUGAAGGACGGGAAACUCUACAUUUGCAAGGCACAAGCCGGAGACAAGAGGUGGUUCAAGGGGGCUAGGAAGUUUGUGGAGAGCACUGCAAAUUCUUUCAGUGUUGCUUAAGAGUCUAAUCAUGAGCUUGAUGUAUAUGUAAAUCACCUUAAGAUUAUGAUCACGUUUUCUCGUAAGAUCUGUAGUCUAUUUUUCGUUUUCUUUUCUUCUUUCCUUUUGGUUUUGGUUUUUCAGAGUCAAAAUCGGUUUAUCAUAUUUGAGGGAGUUGGUGGGAGUAAUCUUGUGCAUACUGAAACGUUUUACGGUAUAUUUAAGCACCCUCUUCUAAUGAGAUAAAA